AUGAAAUGGAUUGAAUUGGCAAUUGGAUUGAUACCCAUGAUUGAGGGUAGGCAGGAAGAGGAUUCUUCGUACAGGCGAAGACUGGAGAAGAUUGUGAUUCCGGAGCAUUACGACCUGCAUGUAAAAGUGAUGGACGUGGGGUUCUGCGGAAAGGUAGGGAUCUCUGUGAGUAUUUUGGAACCUGUAAGGGAGAUAGUGAUGAACGCAAAAGAACUUGAGAUUCAGGAGGCGACGAUUCGGGUUGGAGACACCGAGGUUCCUGGAGAGAUAGUGAUGGGGGAGAAGGAGAAAGAGUACGAGAUUGUGCGGAUUGUGUUUGAAAAGGAGAUUGAGGCGGGGAAGGGAUAUAUCACGGCGAAGUUCUGUGGAGACUACAACAACGGACUUGUAGGGUUCUACAAGAGUGGGGAAGAGAAGGAGAUAUAUAGUACGCACUUUGAGCCGACGGAUGCACGGAGGGUGUUUCCAUGUUUUGACCAGCCGGACAUGAAGGCAACAUUCCAGAUUUCGAUUGAUGCGCCCUCGAGGCUUGUUGUUCUUUCGAACAGCCCCGAAGAGGAAGAGAAGCGGGAGGAGUAUGGAGACAGGGCGAUUUCGUAUUUUGAGAAGACAAGCAAGAUGUCGACGUACCUUGUUGCAUUUGUGAUUGGAGACCUUAAUUACAUUGAGGACUGGAGCAAGGGGGGAGUGCGACUUCGAGUGUAUGGACAAGGAGAGGAAGUGGAGUGGGGAAGAUACGGACUGGAGGUUGCAAAGAGAUGCAUUGACUACUUUUCUGAGUACUUUGGGAUUGGAUAUGAGUUUCCACGGAAGGAGAGUGCAAAGGUGGACAUGGUAGGGAUUCCGAGCUUUGGAAGUGGAGCAAUGGAGAACUGGGGGCUGAUUACGUUCCGACGGGAGAGUCUUCUGUAUGUUGCAGGGAAGAGCAGUGUGGAAGACAAGAAGAAUGUGGCGGAGACAGUGUGCCACGAGCUAGCACACAUGUGGUUUGGGAACCUUGUGACGAUGGAGUGGUGGGACGACCUAUGGCUGAACGAGGGGUUUGCAACAUGGAUGUCGUACAAGGGGAUGGAGAACAUCGGGGAUGUUGUGGACUGGGAUGUGUGGGGAGAAUUUUUGCUCUGGGAUGUGAUCCGAGGAAUGCUUGAUGAUGGGCUUGGAAAGAGCCACAAGAUCCAAAUGGCUGUUGAGAAUGCAGGGGAGAUUGGAGAGAUUUUUGACACGAUAAGCUACAGCAAGGGGUCGAGUGUGAUCAGGAUGAUUGAGAGAUAUGUGGGGGAGUCUGUAUUUAUGCUGGGGAUCCGGCGAUACAUAAGAGAGCAUAUGUAUGGGAAUGUGAAUGGAGAGAGUCUGUGGAAGGCGAUUGGAAAGGAGUAUGGAAAGGAUAUUUUGCCGAUGGUUGAGGGAUGGAUUUCGCAGGCGGGGUAUCCUAUGGUAGAAGUGUCUGAACGUGAGUCUUCACUUAUGCUGAAGCAGUCGCGGUAUUCGAUGAUAGGAAAGGGGGAUUCGAGUGUAUGGACGGUGCCUGUUGUGAUAGAAUGGGAAGGAGGAGAGAAGGAGAGUAUUUCGUUUUCUGGGAAGGAGAUGGAGAUUCCUCGGAAGAAGGAGGGAUACAAGAUGAAUGCGGAGUAUGGAGGGUUUUACCGAGUGAAGUACGGACUUGAUGGGCUUAAGCGUCUUGAGAAGAGGAUUGGGGAGAUGAGCAGCGAGGACCGAGUGAACAUGAUUGAAGAUGUGUUUGGGGUUGGGUUUGGGCUGUAUGGAGGACUAAAGGAAGGACUUCGAAAGGUUGGAGAGUAUUACUCUGAGACGUACCAUGUUGGACGAAGUGCCAUUGAGAAGCUUCUCCGGAUCCGAAGUGUGUUCUAUGACGACUCGGAGGUUGUUUCUCUUGUGGAGAAGAAGAUUAUUGGGCUAAUUGAAAGGAGGAUUUCUUCUGUGGAUGUUUGGAAGAGGGAAGGAUCAGUUGAGGAGAUCAGCAUGGACAAGUAUGUACUGUCGGUGGGGAUUGAGGUUGGCAGCAAGGUGGCAAAGGAGAAGGUUAUGGAGAUGUGGAAUGAGCAUCUUAGAAGCGGAAAGGAGCUUGGAGAGUUCCGAAGGAUUGUGUACGAAGGAGUUGUUGACGACAAUCUGGAGUACAUGAUGGAGAAGUACUGGAAGGGAGACACGCCUGGGAUGCGACGGGAGGUGAUGUUUGGAUUCGGAGGGAUCCAGAAGCAAGAGAACUUUGAGAAAAUAUUGUCUUCGCUUGGGAAGUUUAAUGUGGAGGACAUUGGAGUGGUGAUAGCGGUGAUCUGCCGAGGAAACAAGUUCCGGGACGCAAUGGUUGAAUAUGUUGUGAGCCACGGGGAGGAGCUGUGUUCGAUGGUGCAUGAUAACGGGAUGUUGUAUAACAUAAUCAUUAUGUCUCUGCGGCACGUGAGUGGAGAGGCGAUGGUGUCUCGAGUGGUUUCGUUCCUGUCUGGAAUCAAGCAUCCUGGAAGCCAGCUGAACAUUGAGAAGGUGCAGGACGAGAUUGAGUGGAGACGAAGAAUGAAAGGAAUCCGAGAGGAGAUUCUCUCUGGGCUUCGAGAAGAAGCAUGGGAAUAA